CCAAAUUCUGCAUGCAUGCAUGGAUUCUUCAAGUCUUUUCCUAACCACAAGAACACCUCAUUCCACGUAGUAAGUUAUAAAUCAAACUCUCUUCACAAAACUCAGAUUUUUUUUUUCUUCCUUUUUUCUUUCACAAAAAAUCACAAUAAUCCCUCAAUAGAAAGAAAUCAUAGAUUCUUGAAUUUCACAUAUUCAACCACCACAGUUUCCGAUCGAAAUCAUAUCACAAAUCUUCCUCAAAAAAAUUAAAACAAAAUGGAUAUCGGAAAUUGGAGAAACAUGACAAACGCAGCGCUCUGCACAAACGGCAGCAUGACUUUCCGGCUGGCCACCGUCGCCGUCUACAUGCUCGGAUUCUUCUUCAUCGUCUUCCUCUGCAACUUCCUCCACAUCUUCCUCCGCCGCCUCUCCCAGCCCCGGAUCUUCUCCGAAUGCAUAGUGGGGCUGUUCUUGAGCAAUCUCCCAAUGAUACGGAAGCACACGAAGGCAGAGGGCAUCCGCAACACGAUCGAGUACGUGGUCGAGGUCGCGAUGGUGCUCCACAUGUUCGUGGUGGGUCUCGAGGUGGACCCCAACAUCUUCCUCGAGAUCCACCUCCCCGAGGCGAAGGUGGCCUACUCCGGCGUCCUGACCACCUUCGUCAUGGCCUCGUUCCUCACGCCCUUCCUCGACAUCCCGGAGGCCGCGAGCGUGCCCUUCAACCUCUGCCUCUCCGUCAUCGUCUCCGGCACGGCCAGCCCACUCCUCACCCGCCUCAUCACCGACCUCAAGAUCGGCAAGUCCGACAUCGGCCGGUUCGUCGUCUCCGCGGGCGUCCACACCGACCUCGUCGCCACCCUCCUCAUCUGCAUCGGCUUCGUCGUCUUCGACCCCCUCGACGGCUUCUACUACAGGAGCGUCAAGACCGUCGUCUCCAUGGUGUCGCUCGUGGCGUUCGAGAUGCUGGUGGCGGCGAAGGUGACGCCGCUGAUCAUGAACUGGGUCAACCGCGAGAACCCGGAGGGGAAGCCCAUGAAGUGCUCCCACCUGGUUCUCGCGGUGGCUUACGUCGUCAUGAUCUGCAGCUUCUCGCCGCUGUGCGUCAAGUACAACAAGAUUCUGAGCUCGUUUCUCGCCGGAGUUUUCAUGCCGAGAGACGGGAGGAUAGCCAAGAUGAUGAUCAUUCAGAUAAACUAUUUCUUCAAUGCAAUUUUUUACCCUCUCUUCUUCUUCUGGGUCGGUACGGAGGCGCAGUUCAGGCAGUUCCAAGCAGGGAAGCUCCAGACGUGGGCGAGGAUCGCCUUCGUCUUCCUCAUCGCCACCGUCGGGAAGCUCAUCGGAGCGUGGCUGUCGGGGCUGAUGCUAGGGUUCCACUGGCAAGACUCCUUAGCCACAGGACUGCUGCUCAACAUCAAGGGCCAUUUCCAUGUCUACUUAGCCAUCAUGGCCUCAACUAUGAACUACACGAGCGUCUCGACGAGCCUCGCCCUGGUGUUCGCGACGCUCCUGACCAUCAUCUACGCGCCGCUGGUCGUGUCGAGCAUCAUCCAGCGGGCGAGGCGGCACGCCCCGACGCAGCGGAUGGCGCUGCAGUGGGUGAGCCCGUCGAGCGAGCUCCGGAUGCUGGUGUGCCUCCACGGCGCGCAGCACGCGGGCGGGGCCGCGAACCUGAUGGCGAUCUCGCGGGGCCCGUCGGACCCGGGGAUCGUGGUCCACCUGACGGACAUGGUGGAGCUGACGGACCGGAUCGCGGCGACGCUGGCGCACAACGAGGGCAUGGACGCGGUCACGGUCACCGAUCCGAAGGUGGUGGAGAUGCGGGAGCAGAUCACCAACGGCGUCAAUUCUUACCUGGACGGAGAGGACGGGGACGGGAUCACAACGCACCGGAUGCUGGCGCUCUCAACGCUCAGCAACAUGCACCAAGAUGUGUGCAUCUUAGCAGAGGAUCUAUCAAUUUCACUCAUAGUUUUGCCCUUUCACAAGCAGCAAGAGCCCGGUGGAAGGCUCAAUCUUGGCCAUGUUGGCUUUAGGCAUGUCAAUCGCAAGAUCCUUCGCCACGCCCCGUGCUCCGUCGGGAUUCUAGUCGACCGGGGGCUGGGGGCGACGGUGCUGUCGAGGACCGCCAUAUCCCUCUACGCGGCGGUGAUCUUCAUCGGUGGCAAGGACGACCGGGAGGCGCUGGCCUUCGCGGGGAGGGUGGCGUGCCACCCGGGGGUGAAGCUGACGGUGAUCCGGUUCCUGCUGGAGCCGGCCGGGGACAGCGUGUCGUCGCUGGUGACCAUGGCGAGGGCCAACACGCUCGAGCAUCAGGAGGAGAUGAAAGUCGACGAUGAGUGCUUCGCAGACUUCUACGACAGGCACGUCGCCGGGGGGCAUGUGGCCUACAUGGAGAAGUACCUGACCAACUCGGGGCAGACCUUCUCCACGCUGAGGUCGCUCGAGGCGCAGCACGGCCUCUUCAUCGUGGGGCGGGGCGGGCGGGUGAACUCGCUCCUCACGGUCGGGAUGAACGACUGGGAGGAGUGCCCGGAGCUCGGCCCCAUCGGAGACAUCCUCUCCGCCUCGGAUUUCUCCGUCACGGCCUCUGUUUUCGUCAUACAGCAGCACAGCCUCAAGGGUGAGCUGGAUGGGCUCCAAGAGGAAUUCUCAAUCAUGUAGUCAUAUUUUGUACAGAUGUAUAGAGCAGAUGAUUUCAAAUGCUGUCAUUUGUAAGUAGUCAUGUUUCAAUGUUUCUUUAAUCAUCAACAAACAAACAAAAUUCUACAAUGUGUUUCCAUGAUUCUUCCACGAUUAUGGCUUAGCACUAAAAUCAAACACAGAA